UCGCCUUGGGCUUUUUGGGCUAUGACAAGUUUAACAGCCAUUAAACUUCUUGAGUUUUUUCCAAAAAAGAAAUUCUAAAAGAGCGUUCUUAUUCUUUCUUUUCUUUUUGUUUUUUUUUUUCCCUUAAAUAUAUUAUUUUCAAAUUUGUUUAUUUUGAAAAGCAACGGAACUUCGAUUUUGUUCGUCUUUCCAAGAAUUGUGGGGCGCCUUCCCCCAAAAUUCGCCAAAUUUAUAACCAACCGUCCAAAACUAGGGGUUUUUGUGAGAUGACAGAUGCGAGGGGAUUCACUACCUAAUCCUCUGGUGAAGCCGAUGAUUGUUGCUUCCUUUGGCGUUUCUCUGCAACCAAACAGAGGAUUAGUUCAUUGAAUUCCAUCCAUAUCACAAGCAAGACACAAUUUUUUUUCUGGGGGAAGAAAAUGCCUUGCCAUGAAAUUCGUAGAUGGACAUUUAGUGAGCUAGUGGGUGCAUUUCUUGAUCUUUCCAUUACAUUCCUUCUCCUUUGCGCAUCAAGUCUUGCGUAUUUCGCCUUCAAAUUUCUUAGCCUGUUUGGAUUGAGCUUACCGUGUCCUUGCAAAAGCUUUUCUGCAAUUCCUGACGACAACAACAACAACAAAAUCUGCUUGCAAACACGAUUACUUAAUUCCCCUUUACAGAAAAUUUCCACUACUCAAUGCUCUUUGAAGAGCAAGUUCCCUUUCAGUCCAAUAGGAAACGAUUUGCAAUCAAAUUUCAACAAGGAAAAUGACAGGAAUGAUGAUAAACACGAGGGUGUUGGAUCAGAGGAUGAGGUCUCGUGUAUCUCAUCUUCAGAGAGGAGGAGAAACAAUUUUACAGGUGGAGAUUUGGCUAAGUUGAAAGAAAAGAGUUUUGUGAUGGGUACAGUGAAUUUUCCGGAAGUGAAAGAGGGAAGAUAUGAGUUGAAAGGGAAAUCGGUAACUCGUCACAGAUCAAGAAAUGGCCUCAGACGCCGUAGAAAAGGCUCCUUUGAUCACAAUGGGAAGUUACCCUGGGUUCCAUCGUACAAGUCUUUAUUGUCGGAUGCAGAUACUUCUCGUUCGGCUCCUAGCAGACUCAGUAAUUCAGAUGAAGACACAGGUAAAGAUGGCAACGAUCCUGCUGACUUUGAAGGUGAAUCAGCUUGUGAUGUAAAUGAUUGUGAAAUUUUGGAUGGAAAGGAAGCCCCAGUGGACAUUGGUUCGAAGAGAAAGUUUUCAGAUGGUUUUGAAUUGAAUGAAUCUGUAGAUGAGAAUGAACCCAUUUACGAAAAUGCAUCAAUUGUUGAUGAGUUAAAUUCACAUGGGGAUCCAGGUUCAGAUUGCAAUGCAAAAAGUACAAUAAGACUCUUGGAACAAGCACUAGAAGAAGAGCAUGCUGCUAGAGCUGUCCUCUAUAUCGAACUAGAGAAAGAGAGAACCGCUGCUGCUACUGCUGCCGAUGAGGCCAUGGCUAUGAUAUUGCGUCUACAAGAGGAGAAGGCGUCCCUAGAAAUGGAAGCAAUACAAUGCCAGAGGAUAAUAGAAGAGAAAUAUGCAUAUGAUGCUGAAGAAAUGAACAUUCUGAAAGAGAUUCUAGUGAGAAGAGAGAGGGAAAAGUAUUACUUGGAGAAGGAAGUUGAAGCCUACAGGCAAAUAAUUUCUGGGAAUGAGCAGUUCGAUGAGGAAAUGUAUGGUGUCCCUGCAACUAAGGGAGAAAUAACAUUAUAUUCCAGCGAUGAAGAUUCAAUGCUGAUGAUGCCACAGAUGAACACUAGUGAUUCCACUGACAAGGAGGAGAAGACAGAAAAAGGAAACUGGAAAAAUUUACCAAGUACAAAAUUAAGUGAAGAUAAUAACUCUUCAAAUCAAAUGGGAAUUCCAAUUCCUGAAACUGAUGAGGAAAGGAAAGCACAGAAAAUAAAUGCAACUUCAAAGUUAAACCUGUCUAAGAUUACUCCACCACGUAAUUUGCAUGAGAAAGCUAUUGAUAACAAAGAAAGUGAAGAAGGUGAUAUUCAUGAUAUUCAUGUCAUUGAUGAUCAAGCCACUGUGUAUAAGCAGGUCAUGAGAGACAAAAAUAAGCAGCUUUCGACGAAUGCUUCUGCUAACUCAAAAAAUCCAAAUAUUCCCAUUGGGUUGCCACCAACUGGUAGUUCAAGAAGCAGAUCCUCACGUUCUGAAAUGAGGAGAAAAUCCAUGUCUGCAUUUGAUAUUGAAAGGUAUAAAAUAGACAGUGAAAUUAGUUGGCUGAGAGAAAAGCUGAAAUUUGUGCAAGAAGGAAGAGAGAAGCUACAUUUCACUAAAGGGAACAAGGAAAGGGAGAAAGUUCAGCUACAAAUUGUGGAAGAUAUCAUCAGUCAGCUUCGAGAGAUUCGACAGUUGACAGAACCUGGAAAGGCAGCCCGCAGGGCCUCAUUGCCUCCUUUAACCUCCAAUGUCAUGUCCAAGAAAAGACGUUGGCGUAGUGGUCCUUUGCUGGUGGAAGGAAGCGUCUAAGAUAGUGCAGAGAAUCUUCACGGCUCUGGACAGUACCUACAAUUGUUUGAUUCUGCAAUCUCUUACAAAGUUGUAAUAUAGUUUUAUUUGAUCACUGAACUUGUGGAUUGUGAUACUCUGGAUGUAUGGUAGCAGUUAACCUGACAAGUAAAUUUGAAUCUCCAAUUAUAUAAUAUUGCUUUCUCUUCAUUUUAACCUGAUUUUACGUACUGACUUUAUAUUUGUAAUAAAAUUUGUUCUG